UCCGAAGCCGGCAAACAUGGCCGCGCCCUGCUCGCGCAGCCCUCCUGCGGCCGCCCUGGCCGCGCUGUCGCUCUUGUCUUUCGCUAGCUGGGCCGCUAGUCAGAUCGAGAAUGAAGUAGGACAAUUCUUUAAAAGUGGCCAUACAAACAACUGGGCUGUUUUGGUGUGUACAUCUCGAUUCUGGUUUAAUUAUCGACACGUUGCAAACACUCUCUCUGUUUAUAGAAGUGUCAAGAGGUUAGGUAUUCCUGACAGUCACAUUGUCUUGAUGCUUGCUGAUGAUAUGGCAUGCAAUGCUAGAAAUCCUAAACCAGCUACUGUGUUUAGUCACAAGAACAUGGAACUGAACGUGUAUGGAGAUGAUGUAGAAGUGGAUUAUAGAAGUUAUGAGGUAACUGUGGAGAAUUUUUUGCGGGUAUUAACUGGUAGGAUCCCACCUAGUACUCCUCGGUCAAAACGUCUUCUUUCUGAUGAUAGAAGCAAUAUACUUAUUUAUAUGACAGGUCAUGGGGGAAAUGGUUUCCUGAAAUUCCAAGAUUCUGAAGAAAUUACCAACAUAGAACUUGCAGAUGCUUUUGAACAGAUGUGGCAGAAAAGACGCUAUAAUGAACUACUGUUUAUUAUUGACACUUGCCAAGGAGCAUCAAUGUAUGAACGAUUUUAUUCUCCUAACAUAAUGGCUCUAGCUAGUAGCCAAGUGGGAGAAGACUCACUUUCGCAUCAACCUGAUCCUGCAAUUGGAGUCCAUCUUAUGGAUAGGUACACAUUUUACGUCUUGGAAUUUUUGGAAGAAAUUAUUCCAUCUAGCCAAAAUAACAUGCAUGACCUUUUUCAAGUAUGUCCCAAAAGUCUCUGCGUAUCUACUCCAGGACAUCGUAUUGAUCUUUUUCAAAGGAAUCCUAAAAGUGUCCUAAUAACUGAUUUCUUUGGAAGUGUACGGAAAGUGGAAAUUACAACAGAGACUAUUCGUUUGAAACGGGAUUCAGAGAUCUUGGAAAGCAGUAGCUACGAGGAAGACCAGAUAGAUGAAGAAGAACUAAUGGAACCUCUGAAAUAUGCUGAACAACUUCCUGUAGCUCAGAUAAUACACCAGAAACCAAAACUGAAAGAUUGGCAUCCUCCUGGGGGUUUCAUCCUGGGACUGUGGGCCCUCAUUAUCAUGGUUUUCUUCAAAACCUAUGGAAUCAAGCAUAUGAAGUUCAUUUUUUAGACUCAGUGAUAUGGGAAGAAUGAAUGGAAGACUGAAACCUUGGAUAAAAUAAUGUUAUUACCUUUUUAAAAAAUAUAUUGCUCCUGUGUAAACUGGGAAAAUUAAAUUUUAAUGAAUUAUUGACACUGUAACUUAAAGAAAAAUAAUUAUUGUUGCAAGUGCUUAUUUGCUACUAUGUGUAAUUUUUGUUUUGUGUUAUAAAUACUAGUGUGACAAACGUCAGAA